AUGUUCACCAAAAUCGUCACCCUCAGCGCCAUCUUGGCGGUGUCCGCUGCUGGACUCCUGCCGCAGCCGCACUACUCUUCCGCUGCCGCCGUCUCCUCCCAGAGCAUCGUGCGUCACGAUGAGGGCCACGCUACCAAGCUGAUCGCUGCCGCCCCUGUUGCCAAGCUGGCGUACCAAGCCGCCCCCGUCGCCUACCACGCUGCCCCUGCCGUCUCUUACCACGCUGCCCCUGCCGUCUCUUACCACGCCGCCCCCGCUGCCGUGACCUACCACGCCGCCCCCGUCGCUAAAGUCGCCGUCGCCGCCCCCGUCGCCUACCACGCCCCUGCCCCCGUCGCCUACCACGCCGCUCCCGUCGCUAAGGUCCUCGCUCAACCCGAGGAGUACUCCCACCCCAAAUACGAGUACUCUUACUCAGUUGCUGACGGACACACCGGCGACAACAAGUCGCAGCAGGAGUCCCGCGACGGUGACGCCGUGCACGGCCAGUACUCGCUGUUGGAGGCCGACGGUUCCGUGCGCACCGUGCAGUACUCCGCCGACGACCACAACGGCUUCAACGCGGUCGUGAGCCACUCCGCGCCCGCGCACGCGCACGCCGCCCCCGCUCUCCCCAUCCCUGUUGUCCACCACGCUAUCCCCGUUGUCCACCACGCCAUCCCCAUAGUCCAUCAUUCCGCCCCUAUUGUCCAAUCUGCUCCCCACCACCACGCCAUCCCCGUCGUUCACCACGCCGUUCCUAUUGUCCACCACGCCAUCCCCAUCAUCCACCACGCCGCCCCCAUCGUUCAUUCUGCUCCCGUACAUCAUGAGGAACACCAUGAGGAGCACCAUUCUCACCCCAAAUAUGAGUUCGCGUACUCUGUGGAGGACAAGCACACCGGCGACAUCAAGUCGCAGCACGAGUCGCGCGACGGACACCUCGUGAAGGGCGAGUACAGCCUGCACCAGCCCGACGGCUCCGUGCGCACUGUCAAGUAUACCGCUGACAAGCACUCCGGCUUCAACGCGGACGUGCACUACUCCGGACACUCCCAGCACAUCGAGCCUCAGCAUCAUCAUCAUCAUUAAGUCCAUACUCAG